AUGUGUCCCGCGCUCUUCACAUCGAUAAUCUCCAUUAUCGUCGCAUUCUUGGUCGCGUACUUGGUGGGCAGCAUGAAGAUGGUGCAGAGCAUGACACGCAGACUACCAAGCCUCUGCAUCGCUUUGGCGUUUGGAAGCACGCGAGCAACUGGCCCUCAAGCUCUCGCCGCACCCACGUCCCUUCUGAGUACUGAGAGUACCUUGCUCAGCGAGCCGAUUGUCGAGGACGUCAUAAAUGCCAACCUCAAUCAUGCCUCCUCCGCCGAUCUCGAUGCUAUUGAACAUGAACCGUCUGACAUCAGCAAUAGGAUGUUCGCUCUUAUCAUCGGUGUUGAUGCAUAUGUUGACUCACAACACAACCUUUCCGGAGCUGUCAACGAUGCGAGGAAUGUCAUGGAGCUUAUGUUGAAUCUGCGUCCGCCUGUCAAUAAGGAACGCAUCGUGUUUCUGCAGGACGAGGCAGCGACGGCGGAUGGCAUUACUCGUGCCUUGGUCGACCUUUGUACCAACGACAACAUAAAAAAUGGCGAUCCUAUACUCAUCUACUAUGCUGGGCACGGCAGUACUCUCCCAAGACCGGCUGGAUGGGCAUCGAUGAGUCCACGCGUACAGUGUUUGGCGCCACAUGAUGCUCGCGUAGAGAAGGCCGCGGUCGUCGGUGUCAUUCCGGACUACACUAUCGGUGCACUCCUGGGUCGCAUUGCUAACGCGAAGGGAGAUAACAUAACCGUGAUUCUAGAUUGUUGCCAUUCCGGCUCUGGCACGCGCAACCAAGAUGCCGUUCAGCGUAGUAUAUCCUUCGAAUCCAAGGAUGGCAAGAAGAACGUCACGAUCAGCCCUUCGUAUCAACGAGAUCUUUGGGCUCCUUCUCGGCGGGGCAUUAUCAGCAUGCCAGAGUUCUCGAACACUGGUCUACGCUCUCAUAUCGUUCUGGCGGCGUGCGGUUCUGAGGAGAGCGCCUUCGAGGAUCGACGUACCCAUGAGGGUCGGUUCACCGCGGCUCUCCUACGCGUUCUUCGAGAAGUCGGUCCGGAUACAUUGACCUAUGCCGAACUCAUCAGGCGCAUCGAUUGUCUUCCAUCUCAGACGCCUCGAUGCGAGGGUCAUGGAAUGGAAACCCGGAUACUGUUCAACUCAAGCCUGAGGCAGCGAGGUCGUCCACACUAUCAAGUAACGGGAUCUGAAUCGUCGUUCACCAUCCUUGCUGGAGAGAUACACGGGGUAACAGAGGGAGACAUAUUCGAUGUGUACAGCAACGAGGGAUCUUCCUCCGCUGAAGACAAGCCCCUUGGUAGCCUGGUCAUCGAGGCUACAAGCGCCGUGUCUAGCUCGGCAAAGCUUAUCGACGGUUCUGAGGCACUUAUUCCUCGUACAGGCUGCGUCGCGACGUUGUCCCGCGUGCACAGUCGUGGUGCGUUUCGCGUGUAUGUCGAUAUAGACAUAGCCACGGAUGGAGAGCUCAGAAGCCGCGUACUUCGAGCGAUGGUUCAGGUGGCCUUUGUCGGCCAGUCGGCCAGUCGUUCCUGGGCCUGCAUCGCGGUGGCAUCUAAGGAAACAGCCCAUAUGUCCAUCGCCCAGACCGCUCACGACGCUGUCUCAUUCGGCUUCAUCGAUGAGCGCGUGCGCGCUCUCGGGAUAGAGCACCUCGGCGGCCCCGUUUUGGCCGACGACCUCUCCCUUCGUUCCGCUCUGCGCUCGGCCGCCCACUUCUUUCGCUACCUGGGCUCAUCCCCGUCGUCUGCGAACCUGCGUCAAGCCGUCUCAGUGACGAUCUGGGAGCUUCAGGCGCAGCUUGGGCGCAGUGCCGCGGGCGCUAUCAUGCAGAUGUGGAGUCCUACCGGCAAGCCUAUCGACGCGCGAAGAUGCGGCGUAUUCCGGCCGUCACUGUGCCGGAUGGUCAAAUAUACGCCACUGAACACCAUGUACGGUGUCGAAGUUCUUAACAAGACGAGCAGGGACUUAUUUGUGUGGAUGUUCUACUUCGACUGUGGCACGUUGGAGAUCAUCAACUUUUACUCCCCUCCUCUCACUACAGGAGCCGGAGAAGCCGACCCGCCGCUGCCAGCCGGUAUGACGAGCGCUCUGCCGUUGAACUUCGGCGACUCGGGCGGAGUGCCGCUCGCGUUCGCUCUGCCACCGGGACAGAGCAGGGACGCGGGUUUCUUGCGUAUCUUCGUCUCGACGCGGUACGCCGACUUGUCGGGCGUUGCGCAAGAGCCUGUGGCGAUACACGGCAAGGCAAAGGGCAGUAUCAGAGAGCGCUUUUUGGGUCCAGUACCGGACGCAUGGGAGGCUAUAACGCUGGCUGUCGUGAUGGAGUAG